AGAUGAAGGUGCCAGCGGGGCAGAAGGAGGCCGAGGUGAAGAAGGAGAGGAAGGUGGUGAGGAAGCUGUUCCCCAACUCGUACCUGUUCAGUAAGUGGGGACAAGACCUGUCGGAGGAGGAGCAGAGGGAGGCGGAGAUGCUGUACAAGAGGUACGGGUACAACGCCUUCCUCAGUGACCGACUCCCCCUCAACAGAGAGAUCCCUGACACCAGGCCCCACAGAUGUGCUGAGAAGAAGUACCCAGCUGAUCUGCCCACCGUCAGCGUGAUACUGAUCUACCUGGGCCGAAAUCUGUCUAUCAUCAAGACGAUUCGCAGCAUCAUCGACAAGACGCCGGCUCAUCUCCUGAAAGAAAUCAUCCUAGUGGAUGACAGCAGCAGUAACGAGGAUUUAAAGGAGAAACUGGACGACUACGUCACCCUGAUCAACGAGGAGUGUCCAGGCCUGGUGAAGAAGAUCCGGCACUCUGAGCAGCUUGGCCUCACGCAGGCCAGACUGUCGGGGUGGAAAUCCGCCGUGGGGGACGUGGUGGCCAUCUUUGACGCUCACAUCGAAGUCCACGUGGAAUGGGCAGAGCCGUUGUUAGCUCGCAUUAAAGAGGACCGCACUGUCAUCCUCACACCGGUGUUCGACAGAGUCAAUUACGAUGACCUGACGCUGACUCCCUACUUGGCUGCAGCUGACGCCUUCGACUGGGCUCUGUGGUGCAUGUACGAGUCCUUCAGACCAAGUGGUACAAGCUAAGGACGAUUCGCUUUACCUGGCAAGAGUCCGUCCAUCAUGGGGAUUCUUGUAGCUGAUCGCAAGUUCUUCGGCGAGAUUGGGAGCCUUGAUGGCGGAAUGAAAAUAUAUGGCGGUGAAAACGUGGAACUCGGCAUUCGGGUGUGGCUUUGUGGAGGCAGCGUGGAAGUCAUACCUUGCUCUAAGAUCGCCCACAUAGAACGAUCAUCAAAGCCUUACCUCCCGGACCUGAGUGUCACGAUGGCCACAGCACUGAGGGUGGCCGAGGUUUGGAUGGAUGGUCUCAAAUAUAAUGUCAACAUUGCCUGGAACCUUCCUUUAGAGAAUCAUGGGAUAGACAUUGAGGAUGUGUCGGAGGAAGAGGCAGGAAAAGUCUAAUUAUAAUGCAUUCCAGUGGUAUCUGGAAUGGCAAUUUACCUUGCUGGACCCCCUGGUAACCUGCUCGGCUAUGGAGCUCUGAGGAAUGACUUAAAACCAGAGCUGUGUAUAGACCAAGGCCCAGUUCCCGGGAACAUACCAAUUAUUUAUCCAUGUCACUUCUACUCGCCUCAGAACUGUUAUUAUCGCACUGAUGGACAGAUCUACAUCGGCGGAAUCAAAUCUCACAAGUACAACAGCAACCGCUGCCUGGUGGACUCCGGCUCUGGACUCUACCCGGGGCUGUACGAAUGCAAACUGGCCGAGCAGAAGAAGUUCCACAUGCUGUGGGAUUUCAAACAGGAUGAACCGAUCCAGAACAGAGACACGAAGAGAUGUCUGGAAAUCGCGAUGGACGAAAACAACAACUACAAACUGAUUGUUCAGCAGUGCAGUGGUCAGAAGUGGAAAAUUCAGAAUCUCAUCGAGGGCCGACUGCUGGGCCCCAAGAAGACAAUAUGAGAAAUGAGCCAUUAUUGCGCAAGAAAAACAAACCAGAACAACCUGCUUUGCUUUGCAGUGAGUUUCACACUGGACGGUUUGGAUGUAUGUGGUUUCGAGGGCAAAGUCGUGAACUGGGGGUGAUCAGUUUUUAUUAUCAUGCUUUUGACAAUGAAAUCUAUAGAUGAACUGCCA